AUGCACGAUGCCAAAAAUACCUUUGUAGAAGGAGGCAGUGUUGGUGGUAAUAAAAGUAUAGAAUAUACAGGCAAAAGCGAGGAAACGAAGAAGGGAGUGGAGAAUUUUAGAAUGAUGAAAAAAAGAAGAAGAGAAGGUUCGCAAGAACCUGAUUUUUAUUCUUCUCCCGAAAGAUAUAAAGCCCCCUUUCUUUCUAUUCCUAAAGAGUUGUUACAAUGCUUAAAAGAAGGUUUAGCUAAUGAAAUAAUAAUUAUAAGUUCCCAUCGAAAAGGCAAGUUAGUUUCAGAAAAUCAAGGUAAAUUCGACAUAUUUAACAGAACUUUUGGCAAGUUUCCUAAUUGUAAGAUUUCCAUUUAUGAGGUUGGUAUAGACAAAGAACGAGGAGAAGGAUAUGAAAGAAAUACCCCUCACCGUUCAGCUUGUAAAAAUCUUGGUUCAGAUAAAAUUUUUGUCCUUCCUGACUACAAAUAUUCUCGGCAAACCCAAGCUCCUAAUAUCUACCAUGUCAAAACUACGGUAAGUGAUGUUAAAGAUAGUGAUUUUGCGAUUGCUGCUCUCGAACUAAAAAACAAACAAUUAGAAAAAGACUUAAAAAGUAUUCAACAGCAGAGAGAGAGAGAGAACAAAAACAUAUUGAAUGAUUGGAGGCGGAGUGAUGAUAUUAGUUCUAUCAAAAAAUCCCUUCAAGAAACUGAAAAUUUUGCAGAAAUAGAAACCGUAAAAAAAAAAUAUUUAGAAAAGGGGGGUGUAAUUUCUCAACUUUUUCAACAAGUGGUAGAUAUCUAUCUCGAAGGGAAAAAAAUUCCGCUUGCUGGUUUCCAUCCUCUUACUAAAAUUAUUCAAAAAAUCUAUGAUAUUUUUGUUCCUCUGGGUUAUCAAGUUGUCGAAAGUCCAGAAAUUGAAAGUGAAGAGUGCAAUUUCAACAAAUUAAACAUGCCACCUCACCAUCCUGCUCGGGCGAUGCAAGAUACUUUUUACCUUAAUAAUAAUUUACUUUUGCGCACCCACACUACCAAUAUACAAAGUCGGAUUCUUUCAGAAAAUCCUAACCAAGAACUAAAAAUCAUUAGCGCAGGCAAGGUUUACCGGCGGGAUGAUGACGAUGCUACCCACACCCAUCAGUUUACCCAAGUUGACUGCUUUGUAGUUGGUAAAGAAAUUUCCUUUGCUCAUUUAAAAGGAACCUUGGAAUUAUUGGUAAAAGAAAUAUUUGGUAAAAAACAUUUUAUUCGCUUUCGCCCUUCUUAUUUUCCUUUUACUGAGCCAAGUGUAGAAGUAGAUGCGGCUUGCGUUCGGUGUCAACAAAGAGUAGAAAUUGCAGGAGCAGGUUUAAUUCACCCCCAAGUAUUGAGCAAUUGUGGUUAUGAUAACCAAAAAUUUACUGGAUUUGCUUUUGCUUUCGGUCUGGAACGUUUAUUAAUGAUUAAAGAGGGAGUGGAGGAUAUUCUAGGUGCUGUUAAAGAAGCAAUAAGUUAUGAAUCUAAUGCUCUGAUGAUUUAUUUAGGAGCACCACAAAAUGCUCGUCAUCGAGUGGCCUUAACUGAAUUAAAAAUACCUGAAUUCAAACGAGUUUUAGUUGAGAAUAAAAUAGAUAUUGAUAAUGUAAUAGUGCAUGGUCCUUAUGUAUUGAAUAUGGCUAAUGCGGCUCGGGAAGAUAUUUUUUCUUGGUCGGUUGAGUUCCUAAAAAAAGAAAUUGACAGAAUGGAAAAAAUAGGAUUGAAAACCAUUGUACUCCAUCCCGGUAGUGCUGUUGAUACUCCGGUUAACGAUUCUCUAUCCCAAUUAGCCAAAGGAAUUAAUUUGGUUCUCCGAGAUAAUUCCACAGUCCGAAUUGCUUUGGAAACUAUGUGUGGACGUGGUAGCGAAAUCGGAGUAAGUUUUGAACAACUGAAACAUAUAAUGGAUAAAAUAGAACAAAAAGAGCGAAUAGUUAUCCAUGUUAAUGAUAGUUCGCAAGAAUUAGGAGCCAAAAUUGACCGUCACGAGAAUAUUGGUUUUGGAAACAUUGAAGCCAACGAAACACCUUUGGAAGCGGCUAAAAGAGAAGUUUUUGAAGAAACUAAUUUAAUAAUUGAAGAUUUAGAAAUAGUUGGCGAACAAGCUUUUGAUACAAAAAAACCGGAAUUGCCAUCAGAUAUAUCGGCAGACUUCGCUCUCACCUUAGCUUUGCCAAUUUCCUACCAAACCAAGCAAAAACCUCACCAAAUAGCUCAAGAAAUUAUCAAAGCAACUGCCUGCCCUGAUUUAGAAUAUACUAUUACUGAACAAGGCUAUCUUAAUUUUCGUUUUCCUACCUCCCAUUUUGAGCAUUUUUUCUCCGAAACCUUGGUUCAAGAAGGCCAAAAUCUUCAAGCUCACUUUAGGCAUGCUUUUAUCGGCAAUACUUUGGCUAAUGUUUAUCAAUUUUGUGGUUAUCAAGUAGUUAGAGAAUAUUAUAUUAAUGACCGAGGGGGGCAAAUUAAUUCCUUAGUCAAUUCUGUUUAUUAUUUUUAUCACCAAUUGCAAAAUAUUACUCUACUAAGUUCAGAAAAAGUAACUUAUGCGGGUCAAUCUAGCCAAGAAGUAGCCCAAAAGUUAAUAACUAAAUGGGGUAGAGCCGAUCACCAUGGAACCAUUGCUCGUUUAAAAAGUGCUUAUCAAUUAUUGGAUCAUAAGCCAGAAAGUUUACAAAUAAUCUUAGUGCAGAUAGUUAAUUUACUUAUCAAAGAAGGUCACACUAAAAGGUUUUCUAAAAGGGAAGGCAAUACCAUUGAAUUAGCAGAGGCUCUGCAAUAUAUGGACAUUGACCAGUUAAAGUUCUUUCUCCUUGAAAAAGAACCUAACCAACCACUUUCUAUUAACACCGAGUUAUUAAAAGAAAAUAAAGAAAAAACUCGUCUUUACUAUAUCCAAUAUGCCUAUGCUCGCUGUCACCAAAUAUUCCAAAAGGCUCAAACCAAAGAAAAAAUUGUCGAAGAAAAUAAACCCCACCACUUAGUUAAUUAUUUAUACGAACUAGCUCGAGCCUGA